GGCUCCGCCACUGUCCAUAAUUGUCCGUCCAAAAACAAAACGGGCGUGUAGAUGAGAUGAGGUAAACCUUCUGCGUGUACACCGCUUUGUAGUUUGUACCCCACCUUACUUACAGUCCGUCACAGAGCUCGCUUGUGACUUCUUAGCUCGAUCUUACGGCGCCUCUUCCACAAUUGUCCACCGAUAACCGCCGUCUCCCCGCCUUCCAAGUUAUGAGAACCAGCUCGAGGCUCAUUGCAUGUAAAUAGUCUUAAUAAAAGCAUUUCAAAGACAUUCCGUUUUCAAUAAUCGUCAGGCAGGACACGCUCAAAAUGUGUUCGCUGAGAAUUCCCAGUUUCAUAGGCUACCACACUUCAUUCAACGGCAGCUUCUCUUCUCGGAGGAAGAGUUUGGGGAAAACCGACAAUCCUUCGUCCUUUUGGAGCAGAGAGUUGUGUUUCACCAAUGAAAUGCCGGUGGAGAAGCGGUUGCCCCGCCGAAGAGUUCUCCGGAUCACGGCGAAGACUUCUUCGAGCCUCACGAUGAAUUUGAACGAGUACAUGGUCACGCUGGAGAAGCCUUUGGGUAUUCGAUUCGCCCUCUCCGUUGACGGAAAGAUUUUUGUUCAUGCCCUCAAGAAAGGGGGAAAUGCUGAAAAGUCGAGAAUAAUUAUGGUGGGUGAUACUUUGAAAAAGGCCAGUGAAUCUUUAGGCGGUAGGCUUAUUGAGAUCAAGGACUUUGGCGAUACAGAGAAGAUAAUGCAGGAGGGUGAUUCAGGAUCAUGUAGCCUUAUUCUUGAGAGACCUUUCUCCCCAUUUCCCAUCCACCAAAUGUAUCUUAUGGAUGAUGUUGAUAUUCUAUUUAAUCGUGGCCGUGUACCCGUAGCCACAUGGAACAAGAAUUUGCUUGCCUCAAACUUAAGAACUGAAAGCAGUGGGAAUAGUGGAUUUGCAUUGUUUUCAUCUAAAUAUCUUACUUCAAAAGGAUGGAAGGUGUUGGAUAAAUCAAACAAAAGCAGAGAGCAAACUAUGCUGAAUAAAACCCCUCCCAUACCUUUUAGCCCGCUCGUGAAUAUCUUUUGUGAGAAAGGCACGAGAGAUGCUCAAUGGGCUCAUGGGAAUUUCCCGUUAGAAGAAUAUAUAAAGGCGUUGGAUCGUUCUAAGGGGGAUCUGUACUACAAUCACGCACUUGGAACGAGAUAUAGUAAGAUCACAGAACAAAUAUAUGUUGGCUCAUGCAUUCAAAGGGAAGCUGAUGUUGAGAUGCUGUGUAAUGCAGUGGGGAUCACUGCUGUGCUGAAUUUUCAAAGUGCAAUUGAGACAGAAAAUUGGGGAAUCAAUUCUAAAGUAAUUAAUGAAUCAUGCCAAAGAUCUAAUGUUCUUAUGAUCAACUAUCCCAUAAGAGAAGGUGAUUCCUUUGAUAUGAGAAAGAAACUACCAUUUUGUGUUGGCCUCCUUCUUCGGUUAUUGAAAAAGAAUCACCGUGUUUAUGUCACAUGCACCAAUGGUUUUGAUCGGUCCCCUGCUUGUGUGAUUGCAUACCUUCAUUGGAUGACUGAUACUUCCCUUCAUGCAGCCUAUAAUUUUGUUACUGGUUUACAUUCUUGCAAGCCUGACAGGCCAGCUAUUGCCUGGGGAACAUGGGAUUUGAUAGCUAUGGUGGAAACUGGUGCACAUGAUGGACCUGCAACACAUGCUGUUACCUUCGUGUGGAAUGGACAUGAGGGAGAGGAAGUGUACUUGGUCGGGGAUUUUACAGAAAACUGGAAAGGACCAGUUAAAGCAGUCCACAGAGGUGGCCCUAGGUUUGAGGCUGACGUCCGUCUCUCACAGGGAAAGUACUACUAUAAGUACAUUAUCAAUGGACAAUGGAGGCAUUCUACAUCCUCACCAACUGAAAGGGAUGAGAGUGGCAAUGUUAACAAUGUUAUCGUGGUGGGCGAUAUUGCCAGUGUGAGGCCUUCAAUGCAACAGCAGAUGAAGGAUGCAAAUAUCGUGAAGGUUAUAGAGAGACCAUUGACAGAAAACGAGCGAUUUAUGCUUGCAAAAGCAGCAAGAUGCAUUGCAUUUUCUAUUUGCCCUAUAAGCCUAUCCCCCAAAUAGCAGGCACAGCCUAUGCUUAAUCCAGCUCACUCAUGAAAUUGUUCGGUAAGUUUGUCAACGCUGCCGAUCAUUUCCAGCCUGACAUGUUCAGAAGCAGAACAGAAACUGCCAGAGGUCAAACCUCGAACCAGUAAUGAGAAUGACGCAUGUAUUAUAAAUCAAUUAUACAAACUGAUCUUCUCACUCUAAUGUAUGUCAAUUGAUUAAAAAAAGUGCAGAGCAACAAUGUAUUAUGUAGAGUAGGGGAGGGUUCUACCGUUCUAGUGAGAACCACUCCCAAAAGGAGAACCCCUUGUAAUGAAUUUUUUUUAAUCACAACCUUUCAUUUUAUUCAAUCAUUUAUAGGAUGCACACAAGGUUUUUUGUGUUAUUUAAAAUUCAAACGUGGUAAUUUUGUAAUUAUUAUAAAAUUAUUU